GUGAUUGUGGCUUUUGAUCGGCUCUUCCCUGAGGUUCAUCGGUUGCUAUACAUGAGAGAUCGUAGCCCUCCUAUGAUCUCUCGAGCAAGUCAAUCUUGUGCGCUCGGAGAUCGGGGAUGAUCUCGGAAACUGUACGACGUUGGAAAUACCUGUUUGUCCAAUACCACAUGCGUAAUCGUUUCUUAUAAGACGAAGGAGUCCGGCCGCAAUUCAAUUUAAGAAUAUCUCAGGUUUCUCGCCUUCUCCCUACUGCCCAUACUUCAGCUUUCAUCUUCCAGGAUGCCUACGGCCAAGGUCAAGUCAAGCACUGGAAAGACCAAAUUCAACUACACAAUAUCGACACCAUCGUCUUCAUCGGCCAAGCAUAUCGACAAGAGUCUACCGACCUUGCUAUUCAUUCAUCCAGUUUACUUUGGACAGCAAAUCUUCCAGCGACAAUUUGAGGACCCGCAGAUAAGAAGAUUCAACUGUGUUACAUUGGAUCUUAGAGCACAUGGUCAUACGACGGGCGAAGAUGUUCCAGAAGGAUAUGGUGCAAAGGAGGCUGCGGAAGAUCUUGCAAAGUUCAUGGACGAGAUAAAAUUACCCCCUUGUCACAUAGUGGGUCUUUCCAUGGGCACCAUUGCAGCAAUCGGCCUUGCUGUCUACUACCCAGAUAAAGUCGCAUCUCUUUUCCUCGUGUCGCCGCUAGGACUGGAGGAGCCGACAGAUGUCGCCGAUGGCCGGCGGGAAAUAGCAGAGUACUGGAAGGAAGGUUUCAAUACAGGCCAGCCCGACAUGGAGGUCCUCUCUGACGCGGUUUACGGCGCCGUGCAACUAGCUUUCAGCAACAACCUCGACGGCUUAGGAAACACGCUUGUUGCUAUCACACUUCCUUUGGCCCUGAAGAAUUGGGGACCCAAACAAUUUCAUCAGUACGACCGAGCCACCGUUGAAUUUUUCAACAAUCGAAAGGAGUACAGCAACGACCGACUCUCUCAGAUACGCGUGCCGGUCAAGUUGGUCCAUUGUCUUGGUGACGUCGCGUAUCCCCAAGAGUAUACGGAAAAGUUCAUGCAACAGCUCAAGGACGCCGCAGUGGCCGUUAGUCUUUCCACGAUUCCGGAGGCGCCACACUUUGGUCUCGCAACGCACGGAGACAUUGCUAACCGCAUUCUCCAUGAUUUUAUUAUAAGUUGCUGCCGGUCUUCUGUUCCGCCAGCACCCCAAGAAGUCAUCUCUCCCUGGGAGGCCGAAUUGGUGAAAGCUGGUUGGGAUAAGGGUGGGAGCGACUCUGAAGACGAUUAAAAUCGGUUUGCUAAUCAUAUACCCCCUUUACUUCUAGGUCCAGAUUGUUGAUAAUGUACAAUAGAAUGAUUUGCUUGCCCUCAUUGAGGGCGAGUCAGGAGACGAGUCCACCA